UUUUCUGUUCGCAGUAAUGGUUUAGAACUGAUACCAUCCGGGUGUCUGUCUUAUUUGUAACCAUAAUCACGGUGUUUCUAUUAGGUUACAUCAACAGUUUUCAAAUGGGAACUACGAUGCAACGGACACUUCUAGCGUGUAUACUUAUCAUUGUUACGCUAUCGAUAUCGCCUGGACAUGCUUUGAACGAAAACGAUCCAUGUAUAGAUCCGGAUGGGGAAGCUGGUCACUGCAUCUAUCUACGUGAGUGUGAUCCAUUGGUGAAAAUCUUGCAGAAAGGAAAUUACUCACCCCAAGAAAGAAAUUUCAUUAUGCGAAGUCGAUGUGGCCUGACUGUUGAGAGGAAAAAUUUGGUAUGCUGCAAGGGCACGGUUGACGAAGGACUUCCCGAGCCCCCAAAGUGUGGCGUGAAUUUUUCGAACCGUAUACACGGAGGUCAGCAAACGGAAAUGGACGAAUUUCCGUGGACUGCGUUGAUCCACUACCGGAAGCCCAGUGGUCAAACCGGGUUCCACUGUGGUGGAUCGCUGAUCAACUCCCGAUACGUGAUAACGGCGGCGCACUGUAUUCAGGCCAUUCCCCGCAACUGGAAUGUGAUUGGCGUCCGCUUGGGCGAGUGGGAUCUGAGCAGGGAACGUGACUGUGAUAGCGAUAAUGUGACCUGUACGGAUGCACCGGUUGAUAUGGGUGUCGAGCAGAUAGUCGUUCAUGAAGAGUACGAUCCGCAGAGUAAGGCACAGCACAACGACAUAGCGUUGAUUCGGUUCACAAGGGAUGUGCACAUGUCGAUGUACAUUUCUCCGAUUUGUUUGCCACUCAAAGAGCCUCAACGAUCGCGCAAUCAUGUUGGUUCAAACGGAUAUGCUGCCGGUUGGGGAAAUACGGAGAGUGGUAGUGCUAGCACGGUAAAACUGAAGGUUCAACUGGAAGUCAAAGACUUCCGGGAGUGUGCUGGAAGCUAUCAACGAGCUGGGAUAAAUCUACUGGAUACGCAACUAUGUGCCGGUGGAGUGAAGGGUCAGGAUACAUGUAGUGGCGAUUCAGGGGGACCAUUCACGAAGCUGGACCGAUCGAGCAACUACCUUCUCGGAAUUGUAAGCUUCGGUCCGACCAAAUGUGGAACGGCUGGUGUUCCGGGGAUUUACACCAAUGUGGCCAAAUAUGUGGACUGGAUCAGGAAGAACGUUAGACCAUGAGGAUGUUUGAUGAAAUUUGGAUUAGGAUCUAGUCGAAUCACCUAAUAAGCUGCUAAAUUCAUGUGAAAAAAAUUUAUAAACACUAAAAAUACA